UUUAACUUUUCCUUCUUCCCCUCUCUCUCUAUCCACCUUCCGCCACCGUCACCACCGCCACCAACGCACAACACCUCCUUUUCCUUCCUUUUUAUCGCCCAACUCCUCCCACAUUGUAUAGAAUCUCCCCCACAUAUCUCUCGUCGAUCCCAAUCUCAAAACCCUAAUCAACUUCGUCUUUUUAUUUCUGCCCUGCAUAUUACUGUGUUCUCACUCCCCUCCCCGCGGAUCCAUAUUCCGGGACCAACGGCGGCCCUACACCGUUGGAGUAAAUCAGGUGAUCCCGAUCAUAUAGCCCCGAAAUUGUAUUCGGAGAGAGCUAUUACUGAGCUAAAAUUGAAAAUCCUGUCCCAUCCAUUGGAUUGCUGUUUCGUCCCAGGAUUUCUUAGUUUCCAGCUGAAAUCGAAAACCAUGGCCGCGGUUUCAGUUCAUCAGUUUGCUCAAUGCAUCACUUGCCAUGCUUGGAGCCCAGAUCACUCGAUGAUAGCCUUUUGUCCCAAUAACAAUGAAGUGCAUAUCUAUCAGCUUUUGGGAGGAAAGUGGGAGAAGAUCCACGUUCUUCAAAAGCAUGAUCAAAUUGUCUCUGGAAUAGAUUGGGGCGUAGGUUCGAACAGAAUAGUUUCUGUUGCUCAUGAUCGGAAUUCUUACGUGUGGUCACUAGAAGCGUCAGAGUGGGUGCCAACCCUUGUUAUCCUCAGACUUAAUCGUGCUGCACUUUGUGUACAAUGGAGCCCAAAAGAAAACAAGUUUGCUGUCGGAAGUGGGGCUAAAACUGUUUGUAUAUGCUACUAUGAGCAAGAGAACAACUGGUGGGUAAGCAAAAUUAUUAGAAAGCGGCAUGAUUCUUCUGUGACAAGUGUUGCCUGGCAUCCUAAUAAUAUAUUGCUUGCAACCACAUCAACCGAUGGAAAGUGCCGAGUAUUCUCUACUUUCAUCAAAGGUGUAGACACGAAGAACUCUACAGGUUCUUCUGAUUCAAAAUUUGGAGAGCAAAUCAUGCAGCUUGAUCUCUCAUUUAGUUGGACAUUUGGCAUCAGAUGGUCCCCACAUGGCAAUACCUUAGCCUAUGUAGGUCACAACUCAAUGAUAUACUUUGUUGACGACGUUGGACCUUCUCCGUCUGCUCAGAGUGUAACCUUCCGGGAUUUGCCUCUACGAGAUGUUCUGUUCGUUUCUGAAAGAAUGCUCAUUGGCGUGGGAUUUGAUCGCAAUCCCAUGGUAUUUGUAGCAGAUGAAAGGGGAUUAUGGAGCUUCUUGAAGUUUCUUGAUGACGGUGAACAAACUCCAGGUGCAAAAUAUGGCUCACAGCGUUCUGGAACAUUUGGAAAAUUCUACAGUCAGUCGAAAAACGGAAGCAAUGACGAGAGUAGUGAAAACUCAAGAAAACACGACAACUGUAUCACUUCUAUCGUGGCCCUCAAGGAUGUGGGAGAUACUACAAUCACCAGCUUCAGCACCUCAGGAUUGGAUGGCAAGAUAAUCGUAUGGGAUUUGCAAAGGGAACAAGAUCUACUGGAGUACUUAUAAAUGUUGUCUGUCUGUUGGCCUAUUGUUGCUGUAUCUUAAAAGGUUGAUUUUAGCGGUGCUCGAUUCUCUACUCAUCGUUUAUGCUUUACUUGUAGAGCUUUUGCAAUGAAAUUACCGUGUUCCCGUUUUUAAUGAAUAUGAUUGUAUCCGUCUCUGUAUUUGUGAACAAGUACAAAGUUUUGUCGACGAUGUUGAUAUACAAACUUCAGAAUGUUGUGAAUUGUGAUAUACAGUUCUGUAUCAGCUUUGUUGCUAAUAAUAGAUUGAAAAACAAUCUCUGA